GGAAUGGCUGAACCGGUUGGCCAAAUAUAUUGAGGACGGUGAAGCCCCGGAGGAUCCCCAAGAAGCACGUCUAUUACGAAUGAGGGCACCAACCUACAAGGUGCAGGAUGGAGUCCUCUAUAAGCGGUCUUACAAUGGUGUUCUACUCCGUUGCCUUAGAGCAGCAGAGGCGAAGGCACUGAUGGAAGAAGUACACGAAGGAGUAUGUGCUGCACAUCAGGGUCCUUAUUCCAUUUCUAGAAGGGCUAUCAUCCAGGGAUACUUCUGGCCAACAAUGAGGAAGGAUUGCGAAGAGUAUGUACGCAAGUGCCCGACCUGCCAGCAAUUCCAGAAUAUACCCGGGAGGCCAGCCACGAACUACACACCCAUCAGCUCCGUGAUUCCCUUCUCAAGAUGGGGAAUUGAUAUUGUGGGAGCCCUGCCGAAAAGAGCAGGGCAAUCAAGGUGGAUUGUGGUAGUGAUAGAUUAUUUCACGAAGUGGGUGGAAGUUGAGCCACUUGCAGGGAUCACCGGAAGGCAGAUGAUCGACUUCGUCGGAGCCAAUAUACUUUGCAGGUUUGGGGUCCCGAAGCAGUUCAUAUCCGACAAUGGAACCCAGUUUGAGGAAGCAGAGUUUCAAGACUUUCUCAAAACUUGGGGAAUUCAGCACACGAAGGUGUCUGUUGCAUACCCACAGGCUAAUGGACAAGUGGAGAACGUCAACAUAACAAUCAUAGACAGAAUAAAGAAGAAGCUACUUUCAGAAGGAAGCAAAUGGGUAGAUGAACUACUCAGAAUUCUGUGGACAUACAGGACGACUCCAAGGAGAGCCACGGGUGACACUCCUUUUGGCUUGGCUUAUGGUUUUGAAGCCCGAGCUCCCACUGAGGUAGUAAUCCCCACCAGGAGAGAAAUGGAACAUGACCCGGAGGUGAACAAACGGAAUCAGGCCGUAGAGCUGAAUUUCGUAGAAGAACGAAGGGAUGAAGCACGGAUCCGGGCAGAGAAUUAUCAUCGCCAGGUUAAAUCUUACUUUGAUAGCAAGGUGAAACCGAGGGCAUUCCAGGUGGGGGAUUAUGUUCUGAGGAAACGAGAGAAAAGUCAACCAACUAAGGGUGGGAAGCUGGCUAAGAAGUAUGAAGGACCUUAUAUCAUCAAGGCCGUUGUUCGCCCAGGUACCUACAAGUUGGUGACUCCCAAGGGAAAAGAAAUUGAUAGGACAUGGAAUGUAGAGCACUUGGUCAAAUUUUAUCAGUGAAUCAUUUUGUAAAAACGCUCUAUUUUNAAGGGGGGGGGGGAAAGCACCCCCGGGCGAUAUAGACCCGCAUUACAGGGAGGUAGAAAAGUUUGUGCCACCUGCUAAAAAUAGGGGAGGUAGAUAAGUUUAUGCCCCCCCGGAGGUAGAGAAGUUUAUGCCUCCGUCAAAAAUGAAGGAAGGGUUGGGAU